AUGGAUGCUUCUGUCGGCUUCUCUGUGUCUGAACGCGUGAAAGAAGACUUAAAGAGGCCACCAAUUGCUGGAAAACCUAAUUUGAUACCACUGUCAUUUUCACAACGUUUUUACAUCUAUGCUAUCCACGGAUAUGUGGCGGAAGUAACAUACACAGCAAUCUGGGAUGUCGUUUACCACAAAAAUAACAAACUCCAUGGAAUCACCAGUAUUUGGUGUCUUUUCAUUUAUGGUAUUUGUAUGCUAGUUCUAGAACGCCUCUAUUUCACACUACGUUUUAAAAUAUCAUUAUUACUUCGAGGAUUUGUGUAUGUACUAUGGAUUUUCCUUUGGGAAUUUAGCACAGGUUUCGUACUGAGACUCUUUGAUGCCUGUCCUUGGGAUUAUUCCAUGUUUAAAGGAAACAUCAUGGGUCUAAUUACUAUGGAAUAUGCACCUAUGUGGUACAUUGGUGGAAUUUUGACAGAAAAGCUAGUCAUAUCAUUUUCCCGGCAGCUAUACUGGGGACCGUAUUUAGGGAAAGAAGGACUUGUAAAUACUCAAUGA